AUGCAGAGAGAAGAAGUACGAUUACUACAACCUGCCGAAAACCUCCGUUGUGAUAGCUUUUUAUAAUGAGGCUUGGUCAACACUUCUGCGAACUGUUCAUAGUGUUCUUGAGACAUCUCCAGAUAUACUUUUGGAAGAAAUUAUCCUUGUAGAUGAUUACAGUGACAAAGAACAUUUAAAGGAGGCUUUGGAAAACUACGUGGCUGGCUUACGCAAGGUUCGUCUCAUCCGUGCAAAUAAGCGCGAGGGGCUGGUUCGAGCCCGGCUGCUGGGGGCGUCUGUGGCGAAAGGCGACAUCCUGACGUUCCUGGACUGCCACUGCGAAUGCCACGAGGGAUGGCUGGAGCCGCUGCUGGCGAGGAUUGCAGAAGAAGAAUCAGCUGUCGUCUGCCCUGUUAUUGAUGUUAUUGACUGGAAUACAUUUGAGUACUUGGGAAAUGCUGGUGAGCCACAGAUUGGUGGAUUUGACUGGAGGCUGGUCUUCACUUGGCAUAGUACCCCUGAAAGAGAACAAAAACGGAGGAAGUCCAAGACCGAUGUCAUCAGGUCUCCGACCAUGGCAGGUGGAUUGUUUUCUGUGAGCAAGAAGUAUUUUGAUUAUCUUGGUUCAUAUGACACGGGAAUGGAAGUCUGGGGAGGAGAAAACCUUGAAUUUUCAUUUAGGAUAUGGCAGUGUGGAGGAAGUCUUGAGAUCCACCCAUGCUCACACGUAGGUCACGUUUUCCCCAAACAAGCUCCGUACUCACGGUCGAAAGCUUUAGCAAACAGUGUGCGUGCAGCUGAAGUGUGGAUGGAUGAAUAUAAAGAACUUUAUUACCACCGAAACCCACACGCUCGCCUGGAACCAUAUGGGGAUGUCACAGAAAGGAGACUUCUUCGAGAGAAGCUGAAAUGUAAGGACUUCAAAUGGUUCUUGGAGAACGUGUACCCAGAGCUCCAUGUACCUGAGGACAGACCGGGCUUCUUUGGAAUGCUGAAGAAUAGAGGAAUGGCAAACUUCUGUUUUGAUUAUAACCCUACAAAUGAACAUCAAGUCACUGGACAGAGGAUCAUACUGUACCCAUGUCAUGGCAUGGGACAAAAUCAGUUUUUUGAGUACACAUCCCAUUAUGAAAUACGUUACAACACCCGACAGCCAGAAGUCUGUGCAGCAGUUGAUUCAGGGACUGACUACUUGACAAUGUACUUGUGUCAAGAAAACAUCCACAAUAUUCCUGAAAACCAGAAGUUCGUUUUCAGAGAGGACGGUACUUUGUUUCAUCUACACACCCAGAAGUGCAUACAAGCAGAGUCAAACGCUUACAAUGGUAACCCAGCACCGUUAUUACGACCGUGUACCAACUCGGACUACCAAAAAUGGUUCUUCAAAGAAAGAAGUUGAUCCAGAUGUCAUCUAGGAUAUAGCCGAAUAUGAAAAUGUUUUCUUUCUAGUCAGCAGUUAGUCAGCCUUUUGAAAAUCACAAGUGAUUUAUUUUUGUAUGGAAAGAACUGUAAUUAGUUUACAAGCCUUCGAUGUUGUUUCUGGAGCAUUAAAAGGCACUAAGCAUUGAGCUACGUAAAGUAAGUGUGGUGGUUAUAUCAUGCCACAGAAUUUGUUCCUCUUUUCUCUUUAUUUGGCAGCUACAUGACUGCUUCUGAAGUGUCUUAGGUUCUUUUCACAGUGACAAUAUAUUUUUUUAAUCUACUGUGUGAAAGUA